CCGGGGUCAAAGAAAGAGAGAGCGGAGGGGGAGAGAGAGACUGGAGGUGAUCGAAAUCGAGGCGAGGCGGAGUUUUCUCUCUUUUUUCUCCUGUUUCCUAUACGCAGCUUCUAUCCAUGGCGGUGGCGGUGGUGGCGGAGGUCGCAACCCACGUGGGGGCGACUUGGGUUUGAGAGAUCUCCUCCGGACUCCAGAGGCGGAGGAAGCUGGGGUAGACGUGUCCGAAGGAAAUCUGCGUUUCGCUUUGAAGCUCGAAGGAGAAUUUUGUAGGAGAAAUCAGGAACAAGAAGGAGGAGCUCCUCUUCUCGCGUUUUCGAAUCGCCUCUCUCUCCCGUGUUUAUCCAUGGAUCGGUUUCCUUUAGUUCAUCCUCUCAUUGAUCUCCGGAAAGGAUUGGGAUAAGUCCUUCUUGGAAAAUCUUUAUCUCACAAAAAGGCAUUGUAGGUAGCAACAUUUAUUGUACUUCAAUUAAAGAUGAAUUUGUGCGGCAAAGGUCUUGCAAACAAGGAUGCUAAGUUAAAUUCAUUGGAUAAACUUACCACAUUAAAUCCCAAUGCAGCUGAAUUUGUUCCUUCAGCCCUUAGAAAUACAUAUGGAAACACUGAAAGAUCAGAUGCAACCAGGCUGGAUAUUCCAGGCUCUUCUAAAGAAGCAGCCUUAGAUCGCUUAGAAUCUAGUAUUUCAAAUAAUUCAGAUGAUGAAGCACAUCACUGUCAGCUUCCUGAUGAUAUUACUCCUGACUUCAGAGUCAUGGGUGAAGAAGAGUUGCAUGGAGCUGGGCAUCUCUCACCUACAGGUUUAUCAAUUCUGGAUAGUGUUGAGACAUUAAGAUUCUCAACAUCCACUGCCAGCCAGACAUUGGGUAUGCGGCAAAAUUUAUCCUCUUUUACUAGCGAUGGUCUCAACUUUGAGAACAUGGGAUAUUCUGGUUCUAUCCAUACCGAUAAACAUUCAUCUGCUGAUUUCAUGGCUUUGGCUUCCAGUCCCUGGGGUAAGCCAUUCAUGAAUGCUGAACAGCAUCUGACCAAUGGAAGGGAUGGGCAUCAUUACAAUGGAGAUUCUGGUGUGGUUUCAGUGAAUGAUUUAAUAGGUGAUGGUGCAGUCAUCGAGGAUGCUGCCAUCAAUCCUAUAGAGUUUCUGUUAUCACGGUUUCCUGGUUUUGCUGCACAGAGCCUUGCGGAUGUUUAUUAUGGAAAUGGAUGUGAUUUGAAUUUGACAAUAGAGAUUCUCACUCAACUUGAGCUUCAGGUAGGUGGUGGUUUUAAUCAGAACCUUAAUUCAAUGUCAUUGGCAACUCCAAGCCUUAGCAUGCUGGAUUUUCCUGCUCCGCCUGUGACGGAUGCACAAAAUGGGCUGUUACAGUAUACAGGAGAAGAUAAGCAGCAGGCUCCCAAUGCACAUAAAUCUGCUUCUAGUUUCUUUAGAGGUGAUAGAGAUUUUGCUUCAACUGUUAGAAAGCUUGCAACCCAGAGUAAUGGUCAUUGUGGAUAUGAGAGGAAUGGUUCUGCUGAGGGUGGUUUUCACUCAAGUAGAAGUUCUCAACUUUUAGUCAGCUCAUAUGGUCACGGCAAAAUGGCUUAUGGUGAUAAAUUGCAAAGUUCAGGUGCAACUCGAGCAGCUCCACUUUGGCUUGAGACUGGAGAAGCAGUGGCAAGUAUGUAUCUGGAGUCAAGGGAGGAUGCCCGUGAUGUUGCAUGCCUUCGGAAUACAUGCUUUGAACAGGCAGGACAGGCCUAUCUACUCGGCAACAAGGCGCUACCAAAGGAACUGAGUCUGAAGGGGCAGUUGUACAAUAUGCAGAUGAAAGCAGCUCAUGAAAAAGCUAAAAAAACAAUUUAUCGAAAGAGUAUCAAGGAUGUUACAUGCAAAAUGCUGGCGGAAAUGACUGAGCUGGGCUUAUCCAAGUCAUAAUUACCAUAACUCGUAUGUGUCAAAGAGCCUAGACCAAUUGCGAAUCCACUCUCACCUGCGGCCCAGGGCUACCCGGGGGGACAGGACCAUCUGAUUGACCUGCAUGGACUUCAUGUGACCGAAGCUAUACAUGUUCUGAAUCGUGAGUUUACCAUUCUGAGGAGCAGGGCAAGGCCCGCGGGGCAGCGACUGCGGGUCAUGAUAUGCGUCGGCGCCGGUCACCACACGAAGGGAACCCGAACUCCUGCAAGGCUCCCUGUGGCAGUCGAGCGGUACUUGGUGGAGGAGGGUCUUCCGUACACACAGCCUCGGCCAGGUAUGCUCAGUGUUGUGAUAUAUUGACAACCUGUAACGCAUACAACAUGAAGGAAAAAAAAAAAAAAAAUCCCAUACCCAAAUUCUUGUAUGUGUGUAUUAUGGGAGGAAGAGAAAGAAGAGCUAUUCAUAGUCUCUGGCUUCUAUCAAAAAAAAAAAAAACAAAAGAAAGUCUCUGGCAACAGUAAUUGUAAUAUUGUUGGUACUGGUGGCGUUCAUGUCACAGUUUGUAAGGUCUACGGGGCGGAAAUUCCGCGUGCCACCCUUUGGCGGCAAUACUUGUUUCACAUGGUUCUUUGAUUUCUCUUGGCUUUUUUUUUA